UACAGUUCAAACGAAUAGAGAAUUGUAAAAAUCCUGGAACUGGGGAUAUUGACCUAAAUGUACGCUUGAAGAGGAUUUCAAGGACAAGAGUGAACAUGGAAGGAAUUAUCACUUUCAAGGUUGAUUUUGAUGAUAAUAUGAAGGGUGUUCUCGAUCUGAGUAGCUGGGGAAACGGCGGCUGGAGGAGUAACGCCUACAGAGUGACUGCAGAUAACCCAUGUUCCACAUACUCUGUGUUUGCCAUAUUCUUCAAGAAAGUGCGCAAAUUAGCUGGUAUGCCCGAAACAUGUCCAAUACCAGCGGGAAGGUACGAGUUGAAAGACUUCGAUACUCAGAUAGUCAACAAUAUCACUCUGCCAUUUUACAUCAUACCCACUACAUGGAAGAUUACCCUCUCCUAUUACCAUAGAUCAAAUAACAAACGACUGGGAUGCAAGUCAUUCAUUGUGGAGAGUAGAGUGAAAUCGAUGAAAAAGAUGAAUGAUUAAUAUUGUUUUGAAAAGUUUUAACAGCGCUGACUCUAUUCUGGUGGAAAUAUCGUAGUAAGAGGAAAUCUUCAACUUCUGUUCUUGUAAAAUAAUACUAUGAUUAUUAUUAUGUAGCUUGGCAAAUUAAAAAUGUGUUAUUCAA